AUGUCUUCAAGCGCGGGAGUUAAGAGGCCCAGGACGCAGUCGCUUCCUCCGCCGUCGCUACCGCAGCUUACUGCUGAGCAGAAAACUCCAAUUGCUCCGAACGACAAGGACACACAGCGCCUGAUUGUUGUCCUGUCAAAUGCUAGUCUCGAGACGUACAAGGCCUCCCAUGGAGGGUCGAGUCGCACUGGCAUGCAUCGCGAAGACAAGUACUCCUUGCUCAACAGCGACGAGCACAUUGGUGUCCUUCGCAAGAUGAAUCGGGACAUUAGUGAUGCCCGGCCAGAUAUCACCCAUCAGUGCUUGUUAACAUUGCUUGAUUCCCCGAUCAACAAAGCUGGUCUGCUCCAGAUAUAUAUCCACACUGCCAAGGGCGUCUUGAUCGAAGUUUCCCCAUCAGUCCGCAUCCCACGAACGUUCAAGCGGUUCGCCGGUCUCAUGGUGCAGCUCCUUCACAGGCUAUCGAUUCGAUCUACCAACUCGAACGAGAAGCUUCUUCGCGUCAUUCCCAACCCCAUCACCGACCAUCUACCUCCGAACUGCCGAAAGGUGACUCUGAGUUUCGACUCGGAGCUCGUUCGUUGCCGCGACUACAUCGAGUCACUGAAACCAAAGGAGAGCAUUUGCGUUUUCGUUGGUGCCAUGGCCAAGGGUACCGAUACAUUUGCUGACUCAAUGGUUGAUGAGAAGAUCUCCAUUAGCCAAUACUCGCUCUCUGCGAGUGUCGCUUGUAGCAAAUUCUGCCAUGCCGUCGAGGACGUUUGGGAUGUGCUCUAA